CGUGCACUCCGCUGCCCCCGCUGCCACCGCUCGCGCCGCCACGCGCAAUGUCCCGCAUGCCCACUCAUGGCGCCUCAACGUGAUAACGACGACGAUGCGCUGACACAGCUGGACAUCGAGCGUGGGCGCAAUGAUCAAAAGCUGAAAUCGCGCUUCGAGCACAUCUUUCGCAAAUACGAGCGCGAUUUCACGGGCGUGGGCGAUGAGUUCGACAUCCACACCGAUGAGCUCGUUGUCAACAAUGGGCAUCUGGAACAUAUGCGCAAUGAGGUCGACUCCGGCAAGUCCGCUUCCUCUCGUUUUGUCAAGAACUUCCGUGAGAAGCUGGCGCAUGAGGACGAGUCGACAUCCGAAGACGAGGAAGAAACAGAGGGGGAGGACAGUCAGGAUGGCUCAGGGCCAGAGAGCGAAUCUGAGAACCAGAGCGUCGCGGAAUCGACAAGAGAUUCGUCCCGCCGCGGACUGAGCUUGCGCGAUUACAGCGUACCGGCACCUGCCCACAAUGCAUCGCGACCUCCACCCCGUCUUCCCCACCUCAUGCAGCUUCUCGCGGGCGAGGGCACCCACCAUCGGCCGUUGGAGAUUCCAGAUGAUGACAGCAGCGAGACGAGCUCGGUCUACGAGACGGCUUCUUCUGUUGCUACGCCCAGCUUCAUGCUUGACGAAAGUCGUGGUUUAAGACGAUCGCCUACUGUCGAAUCGCAUGCCAGAGGGAAGCGGCCAGUAGCAGAUGAUGAGACAGUCCACGCUCUGGGCAUGAGCAUUGCCAAUCAGCUGGCGAAGCUCAUGGGUGCGUCUUCGAAGAAGAAGAAAUCUAAGAAGAAACCUGCGACGGUGCGCAGGGCCGCGGAUCCCAUCUGGGACUACCCUGAGCUUCGGCCAUCAAGUAAAUCAAAACGCAAGCGCGAUGUUUCGCCUCCGCCGCAGCCGCUUUCGUCCUCUCCGAAUGCUCCCUCCCCUGGGACCCCUUCUCUCUGGGCCAUACCGAACCCCGAACAGCGGAAAAGGCGCCGUCGUACCGAGACUCCGGCGUUGGACAAGACGGCGCCGGUGCGUCGAUUUGGCAGUGCGAAGAACUCUGGCGAAGCUAAGAGAUGCUGGAAUUGUAGUCUGACCCGAUCUUCAAGCUGGCACAAGGGGCCCCACGAUCAAGAUCUGUGCCAGUCGUGUUGGCAAUAUUACGACCAUCAUGGCCGCAUGAAAGGCUUCGACUCUGUCACACCUCCUGCAGUGCAUUCAAAACCGCCAGACCGCAACGAGAACAUUGCCUCACCCAAGUCAGGUUCUGUACCGGAGCAAACUCUUGUAUCCGAGCAUGAUUUUGUCACCAAUGAAAGCCUCGUGCCCAAGCGCCCUCCUUCAUCUCAGCGCACCCCUCUGGCUGAAAACACUCCCAUACCUGAUCUUACCAACACUGCGACCGAGUCAAAUGUGUUGUUAGUGAAAGAGCAUGCGCACAUCUACACAGACCCACAACCGCCUUCAACACAUCAGGUGCCAGCAGUUGAGAAUGGCAUUCAUUUGAGUGAACAGCCAGCCACUCAACCUACUACUUACGCUGCCAACACUUCACGGCCGAUUGCAUGGACCCCUCCGGGCCUUAUAAACAAUAAAUGGAGCACAGAGGACGACGCACUUCUCAUCAGGCUCAAGGAAUACGACCGCCUGAGCUGGGUAGCUAUUGCCCAACACUUUCCGCCGCGCAGCGUGCAAAACGUUCAGAAGAACUACAGUUCCAAGCUCAAGGGUAAAGACUGUCCGGGCAGGGUGCUCUUCAAUGCUCGUUUGCAGUCUAAUGAGUACCCCAAUAUGUCUCCGGAUGUGCAGUGGACUGCACAACAAGACGAAGACCUUCUCGCCUAUCGCGAAGACGAUGAGCUUGAGUGGGAAGAGAUAGCAGAGCGCUUACCCGGACGUAGUCCGGAUGCUGUUCAGCGCCGGUAUGAGCUACUGGCGGGGGACAAGACUGACAUGCACGACGCUGUCGAGGAGUCGGACUCAGGUGAACAGAAAGCGCUCAAGCGUGCAUCACGGUCGUAUACUGCUGAAGAGGAUGCGCUACUUGUGCGACUACGUGAGGUCGACAGAUUGAGCUGGCAAAAGAUUGCGAAACGUUUUCAUAACCGCACUCAGGGCGCUCUCCAGCAUCAUUACAGUCAACUCCGCGCAGGGGCCAGACUAGGCCACGAAGCACACUCGGCUGACCCAUAUUCGCAUGGCGACGACGAUGCGGCGCCAAUGUCUAUGGUACGCAACGAAGAAGCAGGACCACAGUCUAUAGCGUCUAACGUUCCCUCUUCAUCUCGCCGCUCGAGGCACAGCCUUCCCACUGUGAUGCCCUCUACGAACCACAGGCCCAGCAACGCUCUCCUUCGGCAAGCGCUCGGGAACAGUCAUCGACGUCGAUCAUACAUGACGGCGCAUCCAGAUCCCGUCGAGAUUCAGCAGCUGAAUCAGCCAGACAGCCUUCCUUUCGCGCUCGAUCCAGCUUUGCAAGCGCUCUCCAAUGCUGCCCGUCCAGGCUCGUAUCCCGAUCUUGACGAAAACCUUUCUUCCGCAGCAUCGCUGCAGCUAGAGCGAGAGAUGCAACAGGCGCAUCAGUCGAGUCCAACCAUCAACGCCGUGGCUAGACGCCAAGGGGCUGAUGCCCGGCUUGAGCAGGCUCACGUGUCUGCUCUGAAUACGCAGCCAAAGAAGACCAAAGUCUCGGGUAGACUCGCGGCCCCAGCGACAGAGACCUCGAACAGCACCAAUGGGCUCAGUCACCCGCCAGGCAACAGAGCCAUCCCACACGACAUCGAGCAUGUGAUACCUGCGAUUACGACUGCAGUGCCACCGGACGGACAGGCCGAUGAAGCGCCUCGCGCGUGGAUGGCUGACACAAUAUCGGCGUCACGGGUGACUGCUCGCAAAGAGUCAGCCGCCAAGGCAAACGACGCCACUCUCUCAGAGGUUGAAGAGGACAGCCAAGGACGCCGACACAGCCGAAAGAAGCGGGCAAGAGCAACUACUCUCGUGCAUGAUAGUGGAGAUGCACACGAGAGCGAUGUUGAGGUCGCACGCGAUACUUCGCAGCCAUUGCUGAGCGAAAAUUCUGCUGACUACUCGCGACCGCCGGACAUCUCUUGGGCGAACAUGGUGGAAAUGGCGUUUGAGUCGACUGACAAGACAACUUUGUCAAACACGGACAUCUUUCAAUGGAUUGAGGCGAACUACCCGUAUUACAGCACCGCUCCUCGUGCCUGGAAGGAUCGUGUACGUGAGGAAUUACGAGUCAAUCCAACGUAUGAAGUCGACACUGCAAGGCCACGGAACAACGUGUGGCGUAUCAAAGUCAGCCAAGAGGAUAAGAGGAAAGAGCUCAUCGAACAACCUGCUGGCAACACGACAUCUAAUGGUUCAGCCACACAGGAUCCUGACAACAUGCUGGAGACCGCUGAAGAGGACAAUGAUGGGAUCGUCGUUGCAACUCCCUCUCAGCAAACUGCCGGAAGCUCGUCGCGUCGGGUCACUUUUUCACCAAUAGUGACUGUGUCUACACCUGUGCCUACAGUGAGAAACCGGCCUCGGGCCCGACCCAGCAAGCAAGGUCUGCAACCUGUACAAGACUUUGAGCAAUCAUUGAAGUCUCCUGAGAUCCCUAACAGCGAACCAGAAGAGGAUGUUUUAAUUUCUGAUCCGCCAGUUCUGGAAGCAGGAUCGUCAUCAACUGAGGCGGUGACUUCGUCAACGUCGCGGCCAGCAAGCGGGUCUUUGGCGCCUGCCAGAGCCCCCAAAAUUCAGACUCGCAAGACGCGAAACAGUGCUGCGAAGAGUGUUACGACCAAGGAAAUCGAGCCUGCCGCCGAGAAAUCUUCAAGCUCUCCUGCGUUCAUGAAGCCCAAGGCUCCCGCAAGUAUCUACAAGACGCCCAGGCAGCCUGGCUGGCCUCGAGUCGCUCGCAUCAAGUCUCUGAGCGCUCGUGCCACGAAGAGCAAGGACACACCUAUCAUCAAUCACAAGUUCCUGACGCCGGAUGUGCACAUGCGGAAGAGAGUCGUUGAGACCCCGAUGAGAACGUUACGUGAUCCGGAAGAAGAUGAACUGGCUGUAUGA